AUGUCUUGGCCCUGGAUGCCAAGAAAUGACCUCGGUGACGAGCAACUCCGCAACCUUCAGCAAGGCUUUGAGCGUUACAAGCCCGGAACAAGAUUGACGCUCUGCCCUCGAGAGCCAGGUAUACCGUACGGCCUUCCAGAGUACGGACCAGGAAUCCGCCCCGAGUCCAACGAGUGGUUCCUCCCAAAUUUCGACCCAACCAUCGACCAGCCGGACCACGAAGCGCAAGUCGAGAUCAUCGAAUGCUUGAAGGGUGGUGUCAAGGGUGGUGUCCUAGUCCUUUUGUGCAAGAUCAUCAAGGUGCCAUCUAUCAGGCGUACUACUCACCAUCCUCUCACUCGCGAACUAGAGGUUGUGCUCAAAGUAUUCGACUCAGUGUUCUUCCCUCAGUCUCUGGAAAUAUUUCUGCGCGAGCACGUUCCAGAUGACUUGCCCAAUCAGCUCCUGAGCCGGGAGGCUAAUGCUUAUGAGUAUUUCUAA